AAAACCCCGCUUAUUUCAUUUCAAAUUCAUACAGAGCUAAUUGAACCCCUCUGCGGCUCUCUCAAACAUGAGCGACAAAUUCGCCGAUCAAAUCGCGCUCUUUCGCACACAAAUCGCUAACCGAAGAUUCGACGACGAAACACUACGGAUUUUGGAUUCGGUUUUGGUUGCGAAAGACGUGAAGUCGCUGCUCGAAGUCCAAUCGCAGCUUAAGGACUUUUUGCGAUGUGAAUCUCUUCGUAUUAUUCGCGAAAUUGCGGAGAAAGCAGUUGAUCAGAAGCUCGUGAUCAUCGAUUUUCUCGUUCGCGCUUUUGCUCUCUCUGGUGAUGCUGAGAGUUGUUUGGCUCUGCGCUACGAGGCCUUGGUCAUGAGGGAAAUGAAGUCCAGUAGUGAUCCAUGGCUACGUGUUUCGUAUGGAGAGUGGUUCACCUUUGCUGAGCAUUGCCUGGAUAACAAGUUUUAUUCUAUUGCUAUCAAGGCAAGUGAGAAAGCACUUUCAUGUGUCCGGACGGAAACAGUUAUCCAGCCUCCAAUAAACGACCACGAUGAAAAGGAGCAAGUUAUUGAGAAAAUUAAAACACUCAAUAAUGUCGCUGUUGUCUCAGCUGCCUCACAAUCAGUUCAGGCACAGGCAGCGGCAUACUUGAAAAAGAAAACAAUUGAGCAUAAAAGAAAUAUUCCUUCGAUUUGUAAGGAAAGAACAUUAUCUGCUAGCUCUCUAUUUAGAAGUGGGAUUAGGAAGCGUAACAAACGAAAAUUACAAGAACACUGCAGCCAGCUCAAGUCACUAGAAUGUUGAGGUCUAUACAUUCCUGUAUGCUCUGGGCAUAUUGAUGACAAAUGUGAUUUGCUAACUAUGUUCUUUGAUACUUAUGGAAACAUUUGGUGCUGUUGAAGAUAUUUUGCUGAUAGUAAUGACAAGUAAAUUGUACAUUUAAAAUAUAUCAUUUGUCAAAAUAAUAAUAAGGUUGCUUGCAUAUGUGCCGGUCCAUUCUUUCCAGAUGCGUGUAUGCAACAGAUUACAGAUGAACAGAUAGUCACAUUCACUCCUUUUCUUAUGCUCGCCAUCUUUCCACGGUAUCA